UAAGAUUUUAAUUUUUUCGUGAUUUAUACGAAAAGAAGAAUAUAAUUAAAAAUAAUUUGUUACGAUAAUUGUCAACAUGUUAAAAAUAUUCAAAAUAUCAAUUCGCUAAACAUACAAGGAAAUUACUUGUAUCAAUAUAAAAUUCAAUUGAACAAACAUGGACAAGAAUGCUCAAGAAGAACAAACAAAUUUAGAAGACGAAAAACAAUUUUUGAUUUCUGUGGAAGACACCCUAAACACAGUAGAAAAAAAUAUCCAUAAAUUUAUAAAAGAUAUUCCGCAAACGCUCGUUAAUUCUGGAUUAGAUAUAGACUUAGAUAAAUUAAACAUAGAUGAUGGUCAAAAAGAUCUCGUUUCUUUAUUUCCGAAAUCAUUAACCGAUGAAAUAAAUAAAGAGGAAAAAGAAAAAAUUUCAGUUUUAGAGCUCAAAUGUGAACAGUUACAUAGCCAAUUGCAACAACAAAUAGAUAAAAAUAAAAAGGCUCAAGAAGAAAUAGAAUAUUUAAGAGAACAAAUAUUGAAUCAAAGUACAUACUGUGCAACUUUAGGGGCAGUUUUGGGUAAUUUAACAUGGCGCGCAUCUCGACUUCCAGAAAUUGUCGACGUUUGGCUUUCUGGGUUUCAGCAUAUGAUCGGUGAAUUUUUAUCGAUAACAGACGGAAGUUUCGUCGCAUUUAUAAACACUUAUCAAAACGCUUUUCCCCCUACUUGCAAUGUCGAAUAUCAGUUUAUAAUUGGAUUGUUAGGCAUCGUGACUAACAUAUCCGCAACACCUGAGGGACGUGAAUUUUUAAUCACUGAUCCGAAUGGAAGAGCUUUAGUACAAAAAAUGGUGAAACUUAUGCCCACUUUGCCACUUUCGCAAGGUUCUCUAUCUCUAAAAAGAUUGAUGUUGAUGAUAUUCUAUAACGUCAGUAUGAAUAAAACCGGCUUACAGCAUCUCUUCGAAUCACGAGUAGGCGACGUGUUAAAUUGUUACUUGAAAAACAAUUCAUUACCAGAUGAAACACAAUUUCUAUGUCUGCGCGUGUUACAAUCAAUGACAUAUGGCCUGACUAAUCCCAAAUACAUUCAAGACUUGAUUACUACUCUACCGAUUAGUAAAAUAGAAGAUAUUGCAACUUCGAAUAAAAAUGAAAUGAGUACAGUUGCGAAACAAGUGAUAAAACAGUUGCGGGAUUCGCAGAAAUUUAUCCGUUUGAGUUAAACGCGUGACUAUCUCGAUUUUCUUUCUUACUGGAUAAACUGAAUUGAAAUUUGUUUAUAAGAAAGGAAUUUUGUUCAUGUUGCUAAUCUUCUAGAUUAACAGGAAUUAAAAUAUUCGAAUGAAGUUCGGUUUGCAUUUUCGCUACAAAGUAUAAACGUCUAUUUUUGUAAUUGAUAUUAUCAAACAUCAGAAUAUCUUUGGAAUAUAUUCGUGACUAGUUUGAGAACUGUCGAAUAUCGAUCUGCCUUAUGCAGCUACAAAAUAAAAGCAAUUGUGUGGAAUAAUACGGAAUAAUACGGAAUAGUACGAAAUCAAUUACGCAUACGAUUGAAUAAAACAUAAUCGAGCGUAAAAAUAUUUUCUAAGUAAUUAAAUCAAUUCUUCCAAAACUUUUUAAUAUUUUUAAUUUUAAGUUUAAAUAACUUUUAAUAAUUUAUUUAUUUUAUAUCUUAACGUAAAGUAUUUUUCCUUUUUAAUUAAAGAUUUGAAGGAAUUAUAAUAUGUUUCAUUUAACAUACAUAAUUGAUAUAUAAACAUCAACAGAAGGAUGCACUGCAAAUACAUAACAAAUAUACUCGUUUUCAUUGAACAUCGACGGCCUUCAACUUCGAAGGUUGCGACAAUACUGCAGUAUCUUAUUUCUGAAUUGCAAAGCCAACAAAACAUACGAUUAUACGAGUGCAUUUUGCAGUUGCAAACAAUUCUCUCUGUACUAAUAAAUAGCAUAAUUAUGUUAUCUUAAAUUGUAAUUACAGUCUAGCUAUUUUUCUGUACCUUUCUACUCUGCCAUAUAUAUGGCAAGAUUGAUACAUAUAGCAAGUGUUUGUAGCAAGCUAUAUGUUUGUAAAUAAAUUAUAGCAAACAUUAAAAUAAAAAUCUAAUUUGAUUAAGGGAAAAAUUAAAAUAUUUUUAUCCUUUUUAUGAAUCAUUAUAAUGAAAAGCUCGAUAUGAUUCAUGAAAAUUAUGUUCAUUGAUUCUCGCGAGGAAUGAAAAAACCGCGACAUUAACAGAAAUGGUAACUUUGAGAAAUCUGUAUGUUUCGUUGUUCCGCAUAAGGAGAUAGGAAUCUCAAAGGAACAGGAGGAAGGAUUGGGACGAAAGAGUUACAUAUAGUGCAUAAAAUACCGACUAUCGCGUCGAUAAUCAUGCUGCGCAAGCUCGUGGGAAGAGACCGUGUGGGGGCGUGCGCGACAAGAAAUCGC